AUGAAGAAGCAUUUGCUUUUCUGGGGAGUCCUGGCCAUUUUUGUUAAGGCUGUUCUUGUGACAGCCCAAGACGAAGAUGAAGGGACUGUUCUUGCGAACAACAAAUGCAAGUGUGUCCAGGUUAAUUCUAGGGUCUACCCUUCUCCCGAUAAUCCUUCUGAAGACAUUGUGGAGAGGAACAUCAGGAUUAUUGUUCCUAUUAACAACAGGGAGAAUAUCUCUGAUCCCACCUCGCCAUUGAGAACCAAAUUUGUGUACAAUUUGUCUGACGUCUGUAAAAAAUGUGAUACUACAGAAGUGGAGCUGGGAAACCAAGUGUUUACUGCCACCCAGAGCAAUAUCUGUGAUGAAGACAAUGAAACCUGCUACGCCUAUGACAGAAACAAGUGCUAUACAAAUAAGGUCCCAUUUUCCUAUGGUGGUAAGACCGUAAUGGUGGAAACAGCCUUGACCCCGGAGUCCUGCUAUCCUGACUAA